GGUUUAGUUGCUUUCGGCGUCGGGCACCAAAUGGAUGAGUAAUAAUAUUCAAUUACACUCGGCACGAUUGUCUGUACGUCGCAAAUUCGAUUAAUAAAAAAGGCAGGACCACAGUCGGACCAUAUUAAGCGCAACAAUCAGUGAUAAAAUAAUAAUUAAUUAACCCGCGCAAUCUGCCCGCUGGUUUUUUUUGAAUUUUUCCGCUCGUCUUUCUGGCCCAAAAGCGUAUAGGGCGAUUCAAUUUAACAAUUCGCCGGUGACCCUAAUUAACGCAACGUGUUUUAAUUAAGCCCCGCAUACCAACAAGUUCGUUAAAGAAAAAUGUUUAGUGCGCCCCUUUAAUCGACGAAUUCAGUGCAAAUGUUAUUUUGAGUGCCAAAGAGUCAAUAUGGAGGGUGUGUCUGCCCCGUCCGGCCUUACGUUGACCUAAAUAUUGCCGCGCGAUCAGGGAAAUGCGACAAGAAAAUAAGAUGGCAGAAGAUACGCUGACCAUCGACCUUGCCGCCGCGACCCCGCCAUGGCGGUGUUAAUGCGCCGUCUACUCGUAGACGCUCACGGUAAGCUUCGCAGAAUGGUAGAAGAACACACCGUAAAUCUAGCGACUCGGAUAGAUUCCGAAUAUCCAUCGUCAACGCCGACACCAUCGCGAGAAUCGCUCGGCUCGAAACAUUCCGAUGCCGCGACGAACAUCUUAGAUUUUAGCGAACACGCGCCGAGCGAAGAAAACGAAAAGACCGAGGCCGACGCGAGGGACUCGGCCGUAACGGAGGCGAGACGAAGUCAGUCGCUGAACAGCGCGAUUACUUUGGAAACAGCCGACGAGAGCAAGAGCAAGAAGGAGGUGAUUAAGAAAUGCAAGUCGGCGCCGUCUAAGUCGGAAAGUCUGGAGGCGUCCGCGGAUGAGAAACCAAGCAUGGCCGUGGAAGACGCGCCGAUAAGGGAAAGUCGGGCGGAGUCUCCAAAACCUGGUUGCAGCACCGAGCAGGAUUUUGCCGUGGAAUCCACCCCGCCACGCUCCCCUCGCAGUUCCGAUGGGACCAAGGAAGAACCGUACACGCCGAUCACGGCCUCCUCGACUUCAGCGCUUAAGAAGAUGAAGCAGGAGAACGACCGGCUGCAGGCCGAAAACACGCGCCUGCGCCGUCUGGUCGUCUCGGGGGCGUCGACGGCGUUGGCUGAGCGAACGAAGAUCUCCGAGGAGGAUAUUAAUAAUCCCACCAAGCUGCAGGCGCUUGAGCUGGAGCUGCAGUUGGCCAAGGAGGCGAUAUCCGCUUUGAAAUCGGACAGAAAGCGGCUCAAGGCGGAGAAGUUCGACCUCUUGCACCAAAUGAAACAGCUUUACGCCACGCUCGAGGAUAAGGAGAAGGAGCUCAGAGAUUUCAUCCGCAAUUACGAGCAGCGGGUGCGGGAAAAUGAGACUUCACUGCAGCAGCUCUCCAAUGAGCGUGAGGAAAGGGAGCGGGAAAGGUGGAGCCUGUUGAGGCACGCGCGCGACGAAGCGGAGCGAAGUCUGUCGUUGGCGGCGCAACUCAACGCCAAAGAGUUACAAUUGCAGCAGGCUCAGGAGCACUUGCAGGAGGCUCGCCGACAGUUAACUUCGGGCACUUGCAUUUCGGACCAAGAGUCUUUAAUCUCAAUCUCUAGGCAUACGGGCAAUGGGGGCGCGUUGACGCCUGGAUCUGGUGGAAUUUUGUCGGGGCACCAUGGACUUGGCCUGCUGGCGGGUGAUAGGGGUAGUUGUAGUGCCGAUUCCGGUGUGCGCGUCAGUUCCGAUAGAGAGAGUGGUACCACGUCAAUCGGUGGCAAUUUGUCCGAUUCGACCACGGACGGAACGCCCACAAUUACAGUCGAAGGUAGCAAUGAAAUUGACUCGGUAUCGGUAGUCUCCUCGAUACCGCCCCCUCACAUGUACCAAUCAGUGUCUACGCCAAAGGAUUGCAGUCCGACGUUGUCCCCGCUGAACGCCAACUCGUUCUCGCGGUCGAUCGACUCGGGCGCUCUGUCCAGGUCCGUAGAGCAGCUAAGCUCCCCCGUGGAAACCGAGCCUCCUGCGAUAGGGCGACGCUCCAAGCAUUUGCAAAGCAGACCGAGCGGCCGCGGCGGGACCUGGGGUAGUAUUUCGAGAGUCUUCGCACGAUCGCGACAUCGGAACAAGGCCAGCUCCCUGCAAGAAAGCGACAAUAAUUACGAUCCGUAUCGGAGCUGGUCCCCACUGACCGAGGAGGGGUACGCGGAAAAAUUGAGGCUGCUCAGGGAGGCUUCCUCCAUACCGAUGGAAAGGUGGCGGGCGCCCACCGUGCUGGCAUGGCUCGAGGUCGCCCUUGGUAUGCCGCAGUAUGGCGCACGGUGCGCCGAAAAUAUAAAAAGUGGGAAGAUUGGUGAUUUACAUGGCCAGGUGCUACUAGAGCUCAACGAUAUCGAAUUGGAGUGCGGAUUGGGAAUCACGCAUCCGAUGCACAGGAAGAAGUUGCGGCUCGCGAUCGAGGAGCACCGGCAUCCGGCGCUCGUUAGGUACCCGUGCAUAGCGCAGCUGGGACACACGUGGGUCUCGAGCGAGUGGUUACCGGACCUCGGUUUGUCACAGUACUCCGAGAGCUUCGCGACGAAUCUCGUAGACGCACGAAUGCUCGAGCACCUGAGCAAGAAGGAGCUGGAAAAGUUCUUGGGGGUGACGAGAAAGUUCCACCAGGCGUCCGUCGUGCAUGGAAUCCAUCUGUUGCGGAUUAUGAAAUAUGAUCGCCAGGUUCUGGCGGUACGUAGACACCAAUGCGAGAACGUAGACGCUGAUCCCUUGGUGUGGACGAACCAGAGGUUUAUACGCUGGGCCCGCAAUAUUGACCUGGGGGAGUACGCCGAUAACUUGAAGGAUAGCGGAGUGCACGGCGGUCUCGUGGUUUUAGAACCAUCCUUCAAUGGCGACACAAUGGCAACCGCCCUGGGAAUACCCGCGAGUAAGAACAUAAUACGGCGACAUCUAACCGCCGAGUUGGAGGCGCUAGUGCUACCAGCGAGAUCCACAUUAGAACAUUAUGUGCGUGUCAAGACAAAAUCUCGGAUUCCGGGAGGAUCGCUAGGACGUUCAUUUUCCCGUUCGUGCGCCGGACUUAUUACGUCAUCCGCGGACCAAAGCAUGGAAGCGCGCAGGCAGAGUCUUCGGGGAUCGAUCAGCCGCGCCUUUGGAUUGGUUCGAAGCAAGACGGAACGCGACCAGGAGAAGCUAUCGCCAACGUCGAGCUCCGGAAGUUCAUCGGUGAUUAGCCAGAUCAGCCCGCCGCCGAUACCGUGCCGAUCCUCACACUCAGGUGGCGAAUCCCCCGAUUACGCCGUACCCUUCCACUACCCCCACGCGAACUCGUACCAGUCGAAAUUGCACAACAUUCACGAAUUCAAGGCGCAACCCACCGUUUACAUAUCACCAAGCUCGAAAGACAAGAAGGCGAACUUUCUCGGCGGAAGCCUGCAUCGCAACAAGCACAGGCGGGUGCGAAGUAUAAGCGAUAUUGAUACCGCGCACGUCGAACCCUUAUGAUUUUAAUGUUACUGUAAUAAUUGUAUUGUGAUGAAAUCCUUUAUUUUCAAACGAGGCACAGAUAUUUUAGUAUAACCACGUGUAACCGAAACCUAUUUUAUUACGCUGCUGGCGAACACUUUCAGUUUAUAAUCAAUGUUAGGCUAAGAACUUAUGGGGUGACCUUAUUGUGAUUUAUUGUGCUAUAAAAUAAAUUAUUAACUACC